AUGUUUCCAAUACUGCAUGCUUUCGUGGAGUAUGAGACUCAUGAGGAUGCUGAGAAGGCAAUUCUGGAGCUGAAUGAUGAAAGGAACUGGAGAAAUGGGCUUAGAUCACGGCUGCUGAAUACUUGCAUGACAAAGGGUCCAGUAAAAGGGAAAACGGGAGGGCAUGAAGGUGAUGGAAAUGGUGAGGAAGACGUCUCCACUUCAAACCAAUCAAAUGAGAGACAGCUUGAAGGAUCCUUUCAACUGUCAGAUGUAUUGCCAGAGCACCUGUUUGAUGAGAACAACAGUGACAAGCAAGGUCCAAAGCGUGGCAAAGGUCGUGGGCGUUGCGGUAAAGGCCGAGGCCGUGGCUACAAUCAACUGAACAACAAUCAUCAUCACAUUCACAAUGCCAGCAACCAUCACCAGGUUAUCAACAGUCGUGGCAGCCAUCCAGUCGGGAUACCACCGAACACCCAGCUUAUCAUGGUCGAGCAGCUACUACCUGUGGCAAACAAACAGCCUCCUGGCCCACGUAUGCCUGAUGGCACUCGUGGUUUCGCCAUGGGCAGGGGGAAGCCAUCAUCAGCUUCUUGCACUGUCGAGCUUUAAACCCAUUGCUAUGCUCUCAUGUUGAUAUAGAUGGUUUCGAACCUAACCUGUUUCUUGCAUGGAUGUGUGCUUUGGUAUUUUUGGACUCCUCGUUGUGGACCAAUGGUUGAUCUCUUGUACUUGAAAACUGGAGGUGUGCCGGUGUGUGUCAUGCGGUUAUUGUAGUUCUA